AUGGAGUCCGAAGAUAACACCAUCAAAGUCAGUGCAAAGUCUAACCCUGGCAGCUAUAUUUUUGAAGGCAAAGAAAAGCUCAAAAGCAAAGGAAGUGUCGCUUUCCACGCAAUUGGUGGAUCCAUAGUGAAUGCAGUGAGAGCAUCAGAAAGAUUAAUUGACCUUGGCUAUGCCACCCUUACAAAGUUCGAGACUUCUUGCAUUGACGAGAAAGAUUUUAACGGACAGCCGAGAAAAGUAUAUAAAGUUGUUCUUCAGCUUGCCAGAACUCCAGACUUUGACAGUAUCUAUGAUGAAUUUGAAAAGAAAAGAGCAACUAAAAACUAA